AUGCAUUUUAUUUCAUAAUCAUGCAUCUUCCACUUUUUCAGUGACUACUUCUUAAGUGGUNAUUAAAUCAAGUAACACCCAUUUUUUUAGUUGCAUUCUUCAAUCCCAACUAAGAAUUUAAGUUUGACUGAUUAAAACAUUAUUUAAAAGAUGAUAGAAAUGGGAUAUUAACAAAAUUAAAUUAUCGUCUAAUUGCAAUCAAAUAAGCAUAAUACUUUAACCACAAUUUAUUUCCUUUUAUAAAAAAAAUACAAUCAAACUCAUAGACAAAGCUUUUUUUAAAAUAUUUAAAAUAUCGGAAAUCUAAAACUUGAUAUUAAUCAAAAAAGAUUCACUCUUGCCAAAUUCUAACCUUCUCAAUAGGGAUCACCUAUUCUGGAUAAAAUUGAUAAGAUUAAAAAAUCGAUUAGAUCCAGAUUAGAUAAUUCCCCUUAUUUAAAAACUUAGAUCUCAUAAAGAUUUAAGAAAGUUAAUUUAUCUGUCUAAUCUAAACGAGUCAGUAUUCAAAUCGAAAACUAAAGACAAAAAACAAAUUCUGUUUAAGAAAAACAUUAUGAGUAUCCUUGCAUCUUCACAUCCAAUAUCUCCGAUUAGAAGUAAUAAUAAUAAAUAGAACAAACAAAAUCUAGAAUUCAAUCAAGAAAGAACUCCAAAAAUCAGGCACCUUACAAAAUUUUGUAAAGAAGAAAUAUAGAACAAGCUCUAAAAACAGACUUUAAUGAAGAGUACUAAAGUAAUUAGAAAGCUAUUUACGCUUAAGUAAGACAAAGAAAUAAAACACAACCACAUAAAAGUGAAGAUGGGCAAAAAUACUUUGAUAAAGGUACCAAAUUGAAUACAUCUCAUUAAGUACUAAAUAAUUAAAUUAGAUGGUGGAAAAGACACCAUAACAUUCCCCUUACAUAAAUAUGAACUUCAGUAAUCAUCGACAAUUGUUUAAAUAGAUUUAUAAUGGAAACUUACAGGAUUAUAUGAAGAAAAAAAGAGAUCUUAAGACGUAAAAAUUGACGAAUGAUCAGCCCUGA